GCAGACGGGCAUGCAGCCACCAAGCACACACACAGUGUAUGUCACACUCAGCGGCGGCUUAUUCCGCGCACACACUGAUCCCUAAUCAACGAUUGAGCUGCUGACCAUGAGCACCUACGACGACGCGCUAUCCGACGCGCACUCACUGUGGUUCCUAUGGGGGUGGUGCAGAAGCAGAUGGAAGACCAGCUGAGGGCGGACGCAGCACUUCUAGAGGAGAUCAGACGGCAAAGGGACGACUACAAGGCUGACAGAGAUGAAUACAAGAGGGAGAGGGAUGACUGGAAGCGACGCUAUGAGGAGGUACACAGGGACGCUGUCUCCCGCAUACGUAGGCACUUGCGGAACUGUGUGUAUCUCUAUGAAUGUGCGUGUAGGCCGAGGCGAGGGUUCGCGGCGCGAGUCGAGAGACAAGGCGAGUGCCAGCUUGACCAACGCAUCACUCUGGGUCGGCGACCUCGCGGAGAACGUGAGCGAGCCGCACCUAUACGAUGUCUUCAACGCCGUCGGGGCGGUGGCGUCCAUCCGCAUGAGUCGCGACUAGGUCACGCAACGCUCUCUCGGCUACGCUGACCCUGCUGACGGUGAGUGGGUCGGGUGGGUGGGUGGGUGGGUGUACAGCUGAGCGUGCGUUGGAGAGCCUCAACUUCAGCCUGAUCUGCUGCGGAAGGGUGGUCUGCUCCGCCAGCAGCACCAUCCACCCCAUCCGCACCCCCAAUACGGAUCUAUUGCAUGGUACCCAUGCCAGCUGCAAUGUAUAUAUGCGGACACUCAUGUGUGAGCCUUUCUGUGUGCAGGCGUCAGGUCAGGCAGGAUCGCAGCUGGAGGAGGGCGCCGCGGGGCAGAAGUCAACAGUGAGAGCGGGGCGGACAAGGUGACCCGGUUCGCCACGGAGCUGUGGAGGGCACACAUCCCUCGUAAGCACACACACCUGAGGCUUUGUUUGGAGACAAAGGUCUGAGCUAAUGUGUGCAUGGAGGACUGUGCUGUGCCUGGACACGAUUCUUGUCCAAGUGUCGUUGGAACGGGCGAGCCUCACAGACAGACAGACAGACGGCAUGACACGCAUUCAUUCCCUCAUUGAUUCACCGCAGAGAACUUCUGUUGCCACAGAAUAUGCCACAUGAGAGGCACACGAGGGCAAGAGGGAGAGAG